AUGGAGCAAGAGCAUCCUCUGGCUUGGUCAGAUAUGACCAACCCGGGCGAUGAUGAAUUCUCCAACUUCCUCGAGUUUGGCAUGCAGUUCCCUGAUGUGGAGGGGCAUGGGCCAAGUGACCCUCACGCUUCCCGGCCUCUUGCCCACCCGGCCUCCAUGUCGAUGCCCGCCACAACAGCACCUGCGCAGGAGCAAUUGGUCCGCAUGGAUACCGAUAAUGUUACCACCCAGUCGCCGUCAUAUGCCCUCAUGAACAAUGAUUUCUCUCUCGACCUCUCCAACCAUGGGCAGCAGGUCCAGCCGCAUCCCUCGUCAUACUCGAAUGCCCCAGUCACCCCGGCAUUCUACGCGCACAAGCCUCCGCAGCCCCAGUACUUUCACCCUCAACAGCAGCACCAACCGAUGCAGGAACAGUCACACCAGAUGUCCCACCACUCGCACCCGACUACACAGGCUUACGUUCCUCAUGGUCAGACAGUGAUACCCCCCACCCCUAACAGUAUCGAGCUCCAGGGAAGUGCCGCUACGCACUCACUCCGGACAGAUGACGGUCAUGAGAUGUACGAGCGGUUCACUCGAAUGAAUGACGAACAGGCCCUUUACACCCCCCUGGUCUCACCUGCCAUGACCCCAUUGGAAAGUCAAUUUCGCUUCCCUGAAUACACCAUCCCUGGAGAGUACUUCACCCCUCUCACCUCGCCGGCUCUCGAAGCUCACACUUCCAAUCCCACUGGCUACCCCUUCCACACUGGCCAAAUCUCUGAAAUGGGAUUCGUGCCCUCCCCAGCCGAUAAUGCACUCCCUAUGUCGUCAGCCCCUUCCUCGCCGGGUCUGAUGCGGAAACAUCGGCGCCAGCCUUCAAACACCAAGUCCUUCUCCGCUCGCGCUAAAAAGCAACAAUCGCCUUCAGUUCGGCCACAGGCACGGAAAAAGUCACUUUUGAACAUCAACUCGGAUGAGGUCUUGAAUAGUCUAAGCCAGGACCAGGGAAGUAGCAAAUCGCGCAGCUCCGGUGGUAGUGGUCUCCGCUACGGGAGUAACGAGAGCUCUGGGCAGGAUUCCGUCUCUCCAGAGCCUCUAUCUGAACCACUGAUGCCGCCACCUGCUCUUCCUCCGUCCCGCAAGUCUCCCGCGAUUGCCCCCCAGACCACUCAGGUGUCGCAAGCCAAUGAACCCGCAACCCCGGCUUUGCUGAUGCGCAUCCAACGGUCCCCACACAGCAACGCCUCUACUGGCCCGAUGGCAACUGUGUCCAGGCCUGCUCCCUCUGAGCCACAUGACGAUAUUAUGGAAGAUGUUGUCCUUCCAGAAUCAGCUACCUCAUAUGGAUCAGUCUCGAGACCUCCAGUGAGCCGCAUUGACACCACGGUACGGGCGGACUCGACCUCUUCAACUACUACGCCAGGAAGCGCUACCCCUGCCAUGGAGCCCAAGUCUGCCCCAGUGGUCAACAGACCUGCCAAUUCUAUCGCGCCCAGUCCCCGUUCUUUGGCCAUGCCCUCCCCUAGCGGACCGGUGCCCAAGAAGUCUGAUACUCCGAAGUUGGGGCCCCUAGGCCGAAAGCGGCAGAGCCUCAGCUCGUCUCAGCCUAGCCCUAAUUUACGUCCCAAGAUAAGCCCCAGCAUACAACCAUUGGUGCGCGGUGAUGGAGGGAUUACAAGCGAAACUUCAGCCCUGUACCUUGCGUCAAAGUCGAACUAUCAGCAUAUCCUAGAUGGCACUCUUUUGCCUGGCGUCUCCUACCCUGAAACCUUGGCCGAGAACCUGAGCUCAAAGCGGACAAAUCAUAAACUCGCAGAACAGGGACGGAGGAAUCGCAUCAACAAUGCGCUCAAGGAGAUUGAGACCCUUAUCCCGGCAUCAUUCGUUCAGAUAAAGCAUGCUAAAGAAGCUGCAAUGUGCAACGCCAAGGGAGGGGAAAAAGACAAGGAGAAGGAGAAGGAAAAGGAAAAGGCUGGAAACCAACCUAUCAGCAAGGCUAGCACUGUGGAGAUGGCUAUUGAUUAUAUCAAAGCAUUACAACAGGAACUGGAAGAAACAAAGGGCAAAUUAGCAGCCGCUGAAGAGCGCCUCGGGGAAGGAAAGGGGCCGGCAAAGCGUGAUGACAAAACAACGAACCCUGAAAAUGGGAAAGAAGGAAAUGCCGUUGAUACGGAAUCGGCAGCCACCAGUGUCGAGAUAGGUCCCUCUUCAUAG